UGUGCAAAAGCCACGAUUAGAACCAUUCAUGAAAUUUAAAAGUACAUUAUAGUUAUAUAAGAAGACUGCCAUUUUUAAAUCCAUUGCUUUUAGGUCAGAUUGCAAUGCAAAGGUUGGAUCUCCAUAUAUAAAUAAACUUGGUGUCCAGGUUGUCCAGGAUGAAUUUAGGUUUUAUGAUGACUUUAUUAAUCAGUUAUGCUAGAUGCAAUGAUGAAAUGGUUACAUUUGACGGAACUCAGUAUCUAACAUCUUCACUUGUUAUAAACCCUUUGUACAAAACGACAAAUGAAAUCAGCAUCAAUUUUCAAACAACGCAGUCGUCUGGUUUACUAUUUUAUGCAAGUGGAUCAACCGGAGAUUUUAUUGCUAUAGAAUUAUUUCACGGCAACAUAAGAUACGUUGGUAAUAGCGAUGGAUUUGCUUCCGAAACACAACUUACUAUUAUACACUCAGGAAACUUUGCAGAUGGUUUUUAUCACCAGGUUAAUAUAGAAAUUGGCGAGUUUACUAAAAUUUAUGUCUAUAGCUAUCCUUCUGGAAAUCCAAACAUUACUGUUAAACAAAGCGGUGCUAAUGAUCUUCGAUUUGAUUUGGACGAGGUUGCCUACUUUAUGGGUAUGCCACUAAAUGAAUGGAGAAUAUCUAGAAAAGAGUUGCUUACUACACGAAACUUUAAAGGGUGUCUAAAUACAAUAACGUUUAACAAAAUGGAAUUAGCAUUAUACAAAUAUGAUACGAACUUGUUCCCAGGAACAUCAUUUGUAGGUCGCCUAAUUUUAGGAUGUAACAUUUCGACUCCAAACUUUUUAAAAUCCUUUACUUCUAUAGAUGAAUCGAUAGAAAUUAAAUAUCCCGUUAAUUCAAAAACUUUAUUUUUAGAAAUGUCUUUAAAAACCUAUGUUCAGACUGGAAUCAUAAUGAAAUACAUUUCAAGCAAUACUUAUCCUUCAAUUUACCUAUAUCUAAACAAGAAAGAAUUUCGGCUCGAUGGUAACCUUUCAUCUUUAUUUUCUUUCUCACUUUUACAUUCCGAUAAAAGUAACGAUGACGGAACAUGGCACUUAAUUCAAAUAGAAAUCAAUGAUUUAUAUGCUUCUUUAUCUGUUGACGCUAACACUAUGAUGUUUUCAUUUAGCAAACCGAUUGUGUUUAAUUUACCUGAAAGGUUAUCAUUUGGGGGAAGCUUUGCUAAUAUUCCUGGAAUUAUAGGCUGUUUAAAAGAUGUUUUUAUAAGCAGUACACGUACUCCUAUUACUUUUUUUUUAAAUCAAUCAUUGAUUAUCUCUUAUGAAGAGAAAAUGUGCGCUAUGAAAGAUUUGUGCUUUCCAAAUAAUCCGUGCAAAAACGGUGGUCAAUGCUUUCAAAACUGGAAUGGACAGCUGUGCAACUGCAAUUUUACAGGUUAUUCAGGAAAGUAUUGUGAUAUAAUGGAUAACAUUCGUUACCAACCCUCAUGCAGUUCUUACUUUCAAAUUGGUUACAGACACAGUGGAGGGUACUUUGUUAAACCUGGUUCUACGCUACCAUUUUAUGUAAAAUGCAAAAUGAAUUUGUCUGAAGGUAAAGGCACAACUAUCAUUGAACCAGUUUUUAAAGAAAUAUUUGUAUUUACUGGAAAUACUUUUGACGAUAAUUUUUUUUAUCAUUCUAUAUCGUACAAAGCAAGCAAACAUCAAAUCAACAACUUGGUUGCAGCAAGCAGGGAGUGUAGGCAAUAUGUCAGAUACAACUGUUACGCCUCCACUCUUAUGAAUUCAAAAGAAAGUUAUCUCCCUUCAACGCAACUAGGAGUAAGAUGGUAUUCACGAAAAGGUGCCCUUAGAAACUAUUGGGCUGGUGGAAAAAACAAUUCAUUUUCAUGCGGCUGUGCCAGUAACAAAACUUGCAUCGAUUCCAGUUUAUAUUGUAAUUGUGAUGUCGCAGAUAAUUAUAUGCGAUUUGAUGAUGGAUUUUUUACUGAGAAAAACGAACUUCCUAUAUCAAAAAUAAAAAUUAGCCGACUCCGUACAAAUCAUCGGUCAUCGGUGGAAAUCGGACCAUUAGAAUGUACAGGAACUGUUAAUGAAAUAGAAAAAUUUAAUAAAGCACCUACCACUUCAAUACCUGAUAAUAACAUUAAUGCAACCACAUUUUCAAUAUUUUUUACGUACUUAACUAAACAGUCAACUUUGCAUCCUAAAAACACUCAUGAUGCAACUUUGCUAGUUGAAUCAACAAAUAUAGCCAACACAACAUCCAUACCAAUCAACGAAAAAGAAUCAGUAAUUGUUAUUAACAGUAAACUUUUAUAUGCUGUAGUGAUUUCUAUUGGCGCAAUAGCAACCUGUGCAACUCUCUUGUUUAUUGUCAAACGUUGUUGGUUCACAUCAAAUUAUAGUAAAGCCCGUCCACAUGUUAUACAGUUUUAUAAUGAAGACACCUCUCUUAACAAAAAUAGAAACAAUUUUCAUGUUAAUAACGAUAUUCAAGUUACUAAUGACAUUAAACUAACAGUUGAUCAUAUAGACGUUGCACCUUCAUCGACCCGCCAUUGUGUACCAACGUAUCAUCAAAAUGUAACUAAAACAUCAGAGGGAAGUGAAGACUUUUUAUACGAAAAAGACUUGGUUGAAUAUAACGAAAAUGAUGAAUUUGAAAAAAAAUACUUUCCUAGAAAGGGAAUAUUAAAAAUAAAAAAAGAUUUUCUUGUAAGUCAUCAAAAUAAUGACGGUACUUCUAAUACUAAUAUCAGCAAUAUUAUUAAACCAUCCCAACAACAAAAAUCUUUAAGCGUAAAACGUCAGUUUGACCACUGCCGCCGAGAUUCUUGUUGUAGUUCUAAUGAAACAGAGACUUCUGAACUGAUAAGCUCGCCAUUUUAUAAAAUUCCAAAUAACGAAAAUAAAACAGUUAGCUUUUCAAUUAAAAAUGCAGAAGAAAGUGUUAUGAUGUUAUAUGGAGAAUGUGUUCAAACCUUAGUUUAGCCUAUUUUUAGCAAUUCAAAAAAAAAUUAAAGAAGGAACCUUUUACUGAUUAAAAAUAAUUCCAUAAAAGAAAAUUUCCAUUUUGUGCAUUAUUCAAAAGCUAAUAUUUUUUUAAACGCCGGUAGUGUUUUAAACAAGCUUUCUUUUGUUUCGCCUUUCCCGUUUGUUAUAAAAUAACAACGUUUUGUAACAACUAAUUCAAAUAUUUAAUGGGCAAGCGUUAAACGUACAUUCUAAUUUGAAAUCCAAAUUGUUAAUAUGUAAAUAUUUUCUAACGCCUUAAUAACAGUUGUUAUUGUUGUUUAUAUAUAUA